CAUCGAGUCGCAAGGACUAACUUUUAUCUAGGUCCGAUGGGGUGUUGCUGUGAAUGGAGAGCGCCUAAGCCUCUCCGUUUCGUUCUUCCAUGCAUUAUCGUUGGGGUCAUUGUGUACCUCUACUCGUCCUUCGUAGUGUAUUCGCAAGGCCGCGUGCUGGAGGCCGGCGCAUCGCCCUGGGAACUUCUGCUUUUCCACAUCAUGACGUUCCUGCUGUGUUGGUCGCUGGCUCAGACGAUGCGUUCAGGCGACUCGUUCCUGCCGCGGCGAACGCUGACUAGGGAGAAGAUCAAUGAGCUCAAGUUGCAAGCGGCCGAACCCGACGAUGCGCUGGUCGAAACCAAGAUGAACGGCGCCAUCCGCACCUGCCGCAAGUGCCGUGCGCUGAAACCAGAUCGAACCCACCACUGCAGCACGUGCAGACGCUGCGUACUCAAGAUGGACCAUCACUGUGUCUACAUCAACAAAUGCAUUGGCUUCUUUAACUACAAGUUCUUCGUGUUGUUCCUUGGCUGGAGCGCGUCCACGUGCUUGUAUCAAAGCAGUUUAAUUUUCCGCUACGUACUGGUCGAGAGUCUGGAUCGAGCUGCAACGCUCUACUUCUUCGGCAAGCUAGGGCUGUUCAAUCUGCACCUACAGACUGUGAGCGUAUUCUUCGGCAGCGCGUGUCUAGGUCUGGCGUUGGCGUGCUUCUAUCUGAUGCAUCUGUACUUCGUAGCGAACAACUACAGCACACUCGAGUACUGCGAGAAGCGAGACGACCCCGACUAUAUCAACUACUACAAUGUCGGUAUAGUGCGUAACUUCCAGGAGGUCUUCGGCACUUUCCACGAGUUUCCGUGCUGGUUUGUACCGGUGCACAGCCCCAGCUUUCGGAAACGAGAUGGAAAGACUUUCCCGCUAAAUACCAAGUUUACCAAGGUCGACUAGAAAAAUAGAGAAGAUUGUCAUCCUUGAUUAUUUUAACGCGUCAGAAGCAUUAAGUUAAUUGUCAUACUGUUAACUCCUCCUAGUGUCUGGCUUCCAUGGCUCUGCUCGGCCGUGCACUGUCGGGCGAAUCAUCGAAGCGAGUCUGGUAAAAAUGCUCGAUCGCCUUUGCAUCUGCU